AUGUCGGCCCGUAAAUACAUUUUGUCAGCGCGAGAGAGAAAUAUCAACAAAAUUAUUGAUUACUUGCCGCAAAUAUCCCAUCAAAGAGCUACUUUUCGUUCUGGACAGGAAUUACCGGCAUUAUCUGCGAAUGCUGGUAAUUUCGUGAACAGGAAUCUCAAUUAUUCGUACAAAAUACCUCAUUAUGCUGACGAUAGCUUAGAGAGAGCAAGCACUCCAUUUUCUGACUUUUUCUCUGAAAGUGAAACAGACUUUAACAGUGAAGAAAGUGACAGUAGUUCUGGUUCAGCUUUAAGAAAGAAUACAGCAGAAGCUACUAAAACUUUAACAGAAGAGUGGGCGAGGAUUGAAAGGACAUUAUAUGAUGAAGAUGGAGAAAAGUGUUCCCGGGCGAAUAUUCUCGAAGAGUGCAGGCAAUGGAGACAGUUGCAUCCACAGCUCAGAAUCGUCGGCAAAGCUAUUCCACUGCCGGAGAAAAGACUAUGUUAUCGACAGAUGGAUCACGAAGAAGUCAUUGCAAUGCACUACAGUGAUUAUGACCAAUUCAGUGAAAGCGAAGAGCGGUUAUCACAAAGCAGCACAGAUGUUACGCCCCAAAACUCACCCCGUGUAUCCAUAACUGACGAUACGUACGAGCCUAAACUUUCUAGAGAAAAAGUAUCAUUUAAACUUGAAGAACUAGAUCUUCCAGAUACGUUUUGCUCUCUCUUGCAUAUCACACCGAUACAAAUUCGGAGUCCAUCGCAAAGGAAGCGACCAAACCCCUCAAUACUCAGGUCAGAUCUGGUAUCUUCGAGAUGGAUGAGAAAUACAAGGCCAGGGUCGUCUUUCCAUUACGAAAGAAGUAGCGCCAAGUCAUUUGUCUCUCUUGAUACAAGAAACUAUAAUAGUAUCGUUACGGAUAAUAGUAAAGUUUUAAACGCUAGGGUAUUGACAGCGAGGCAUAGAGAGCUAGCUAAACUGGAACCUCUGUAUACUCCUGAUUAUCCACCCAAUGAAGGCUCUAAAUUAAAUAAUGGUACACAUUCGCAAGUUAAUAUGAGAAAAGUGUCUCUGCCUCCAUUGCUUUUGGAAGAGGAGAAGAGAAAAGUACCUGUACAUUCCGCGAAAAAAUUACGAUCGAGGAAAAUGUCAAAAGGUUAUUUGGACAAAGUUAAAUUUGCUUGAAUUGAUUUUAGAAAUUAUAACAGUAUUUUAAAGUAAAAAAAAAAAAAAACUAAAUUAAGUCUAAAUAUACAUACAUAUGGCCUGAAAAUAAUUUUAAUAAAUCAACUCUUGUCGCGAACAAUUUGACUCAUUACACAAACUAUUUUACCACAAAAUAAUGUGAUUACGUUAGUUCAUACUGAGCUUUUAUUUAAUAAUUAGCUUUUAUCCGCGGCUUCGCUCGCAUUGUUUUUUUUUUAAUAAAAAGUAUCCUAUGUUAC